AGACAAGUUUCCCUUUUGUUGUUUUUAUUAAAUAAAAAUCGAAAAAUAAUAAACUCAAAAGUGUGCACUUUUUCUUAAUAAACAAAGUAGCAAAAAAAGUUAAACUAAGUGAAAGGAACCAAAAAAUCGUAAUGUUUUGAAUUUUUACUUAUGCUUGGAAAGAACGCAAUAAUUAGAAUUCGCCAAAUAAGGAUAGAAAACUUUGCAAUCAAGUGACAAAAACGAAACAAGAAGUGAACACAAAAUAUAUUAGGCGUCUUUCAAAGUGAAAUUUAAAAACGAUCACAAAGUUAAAGGGACCUGCAAACAUUGUUGAAGAAACAAUUGAAAAAUUGAAAAUUUUUGUAUCAAAAAAUUGAAAAAUGAAUAAUGAAAAUCUUGAACAAAGGAAUAAAGCAAAAGAAAUUACGCAUAAAGAAAAUAAAUUUUAUGGCAAAGUGUGUAUCACUUUGAUAAGUGCAAGAAGUUUGUGCUGUGUUGCGUCUUAUUCGGGGUUUAUUUCACUAUGGACGUUGUUGUUUUUGAAUUUUUGAAUUUUGUUAUUAUUUUUGGUUUUAUUUAGCGAUUCCAAGUACAUUUUGUUAUUACUUUUCGUUUCUACUCGUAAGUUUGUGUAAGAGCGCGAGUGUGUGCAUGAGUAUAUAGUUGCCUGAAAAGGAAUACAAUGAAAAUCUGGGCAUGACUCUACGUUUUCUCUUAUACGACUGUUCGUUGGCUAAUUGCUAAUUAACCGAAAAUGGAAAGUGGAAACGGAAACGAUCAACAUGCAUCACCGUCGUUAGCUUCGGCUAGUAGCAGCAAUAAUAGCAGCAGUAGUAAUAUUUUAGGAAAUCUAGCAUUGUUACCGUUUAUCCAGGCGAAUGAUGAAGAACCUACAAAUGAAAAUGAAUUCAACGAAGAAUUGACGCCUUUGCAGCCGUUUUCGGUCACAUCUAGAGCCGAUUCAGAAGGGCGUCCGAGCGAUGAACAACAGCGAACGGCGGUUAUACCUUUUACUACCACGGCAUCACUUUUAGUUCAGACACCAACUACAUUAUUAGGCCACACUUCUUCUAGUUCUUCCCCCCAGACAACGUUUGCCCCAUUUUUGUUUAAUGUCAGCAACACCGUCAAUUCCAUCGAUCAAUCCAAUCAGGUUAAUUUUUCUUUAGCUUCCACACCGCUUUCGUCAUCUAAUUCAACAUCGACUACAUCCCCAUUGUCGUCAUCGUCAGUUUCUCACAUUUUAGAACCAUCUGGUAUAACACGCCAACAACAACAACAACAACAACAAUCAUUAACGUCAACAUUAGCAUUGCCGCAGAGUCAACAAACAUUUAUUCAUGAGCACUCUCCUUCUCCUUCUCUUACCAUCCAGCAGCAACAGCAUCAUCAAGCUUCAUUACAACCUUCAAUUCCUUCCCUAAGCUUAAACGAAGCAAUCUCCGCUCCGCAGAACCCAGAAAGACCAGUGAUUGCAUCUCGACAAUUUAAUGACGGACAACAACAUUUGAUUGCCGACACUAUCGACGCCUCUGCAAUUGUGCAAUCUAUUGUAGCCAAUGCUAACCGUGAAGAUCAACACCAAGAAAGGCAGCUUGUAGACCCAGAUAGUAUACGUUUGGAUGAUAACUAUAACAACGAUUUCAAUAUCGACUUAAACGCUGUUAAUGAAGUACAACAACAACAGUUGCGGCACAUUUCAUCUCCACCAUUAGAUACUUCCGCUUCAGGUUCUGGUGCUCAUACGAGUAACACCGACUCACCAUCAACAUCACUGCCUUUGUUGUUACAUCAAGAACAACAACAAGCGGAAGAAUCUAAACAAACACCGUCCUAUUCCUCGUCAUCCUCCGCUUACGUGCACCACUACUAUCAACACUACCAUACACCUCCGUCAUUGUACUCAUUACAAUCUCAACAGCAGCAACAAUUCCACCACCGUCAUCAUCAUCAUCACCAUCAUCCCUUUAAUUUACACACACAUUCACACCCACGUCCGCGAUUACCCGCGUACUGCGACUUUAGUGGUACUGUUACAAAUCAAAUCCCAAACAGCACUGAGGCCAUGUUCAGUAACGUUAGCGAAAGUGCUAAUGGCGUUUCUGUUGGCGCAAGUGCCAUCCAUACUAAUGCCGCCAACUCAUCAGGCACCAACAGUGUUCAAAUCGUCGAUCGUUUAAAACUUUUAUACCCGAAUGUUAACGAAGUAGAAACUCCUUUGCCACGCUGUUGGAGUUCUCAUGACAAAUGCGUAACUAUUGGAUUGUCACAGAAUAACUUAAGAGUUCAGUAUAAAGCUGGCGCGGUCGGUGUUGGUAAACCUCAGAACGAGGCUGCUUCAGUACGCACGGCUCAUCCCAUUCCACCGGCAUGCGGUAUAUAUUAUUUUGAGGUUAAAAUUAUAUCGAAAAGUAAAAAUGGUUACAUGGGUAUUGGUUUAACAGCAAAACAGUUUCGCAUGAAUAGAUUACCCGGAUGUGACAAAGAAUCAUAUGGUUACCACGGUGCUGAAGGUAAUUCAUUUUCAUCAGCAGGUCAUGCUCAAUCGUAUGGUCCGACAUUUACCACGGGUGACAUUAUAGGUUGUUGUAUUAACUUUGUGAAUAACACUUGCUUCUACACCAAAAAUGGUAUUGAUUUGGGCAUCGCUUUCCGAGAUUUACCAAGCAAAUUAUAUCCAACGGUUGGUUUACAGGCGCCAGGAGAAGAAGUCGAUGCAAAUUUUGGGCAAGAACCUUUCAAGUUUGAUCAAAUUGAAGAAUUAAUGAAACAAUUGCGGGCCGAUAUGAAAGCUACCAUAUACGAUUUUCCUUUGCCAAGUGAUCACGAUGAUCCUACCACUUUAUUGCAGAAGAUGGUCUCUUCCUAUUUGGUGCAUAAUGGUUACAGUCGAACGGCUGAAGCUUUUUUCCGCACUACCGGGCAAACUAUCCGUGAAGACAUGGCCUCCAUACGCAACCGACAAAAAAUUUUAAAGUUGAUUAUGUCUGGCAAAAUGGGACAAGCGAUUGACCACACCUUACAUUCUUAUCCCGGCCUGUUGGAAAGUAAUAAAAAUCUCUGGUUUAUGCUGAAAUGCAGGCAAUUCAUAGAAAUGAUUAACGGCUCCGAUGUCGAGCACUGCCCUAGUAACAAAACAGCACCUGUUUUAAAAGCAAGUGUUGCCACCACACAUCAUGCAGGUACGACACAAACUGAGAUAUUUGCUUCAAAUCAAUCGGCUGCUUCAUCAGCUGCAACAACAACAGCACCACCUAAUCAAACUUCAGUUAUACAGUCAACAAAAUCUUAUCAAAACGGCAACAGUCGUGAUAUCAGUUCAAAUGGCACCACACAACUACAAAACCAGAGUAAAGAUAAUGGUAAUGAAAAGGAGAAUGAUGAUAGUACGUCAAUAAAUAUGGUAACAAUAACAGAAACUACAAAUAAUGCACAGAACUCAAAACAUACAGCUGUGAUAAAUGCAGAUAAUGAGUUAAAAAAUCAAACUGUUAAAUUUUCCAGUAAUUUAGUUGAUCAACGUUCAACUUCCGGUGGAAUCUCCACAACAAAUGCUAGUAAAUGUAAUGAUAAUGAUUAUAUGAACGAUGUCGAAAUGGAAAGCAAUGGACAUACGACAAAUGGGGAAAUUUGCAAAAACGGUAACCCAAACAAUUUUAACGAUUCUAUUGAUACCGAUGAAGAAAUGGAUGUAGAUAUCGCACCUACUCCUCGAAAAUGUACGAAUGGCAUCGAAAGAAUAUUGGAGUUUGGCAAGGAUUUAUCACAAAUGGGCCAGCAACUAGAAAAGGAAAACAAAAUGACUGAUGAAGAUCGUCAAAUGUUACAAGAUGCAUUUAGCUUAAUUGCUUACUCAAACCCCUGGUCAAGUCCUUUAGGUUGGCAGCUAUGUCCCACAAAACGAGAGACUGUUUGCACGGCUUUAAAUUCAGCUAUAUUAGAAUCCAUGUACUACCCUAGACGUCCUCCUUUGGAUUAUUGUGUAGCUCAUGCCAAUGAACUACUCAAAGUCAUGGCUCAAGCUUCUUUGGGAGCUUGUGCUUUUGUUAAUAUCAACGAUGUGUUCCCAAAGAAUUGACCCGCGCAACUUUAGCUGAAAUCGGGCCUAAAAAUUCCCUCGACUGUUACUAUUUCCUCCUUAACCGAUUACAACUCCUGUUAUUCCUUCAUUACCAGCUCCUCUUAUCUUAAGGUCAAAUUACCACCAGUUAUCGCAAAUUUCACUACAAACUGUAACGCUUAUGACACAAAAUCUAAAUCAGCAACAACCAACCGUAAAAAUAAUACCGUCUCUACAUCCUCCAUCUUGUUUUAAUUGAGUUCAAUACAGAAACAAAAACCUACUAUUUUAAAAGAUUUCAUGCCGUUAAUUUCAACCCUAUUCUUAAAAAACAAAAGAAAUAUUUUUAUUAAAACAGAAACAUUUGGAAAAAACUUGUACAAUUUUUUUCUUGAACAACUCUAUAUUUAUAUAAAAUAAUCCAAAGUAUAGGAACGAUUUUCCAUGGUUUCUCUUAAAACACAUUAAUUUUUCAUUUAAAUAUUUUUAAAAUUAUUAACUUCGGUUUAAAAAAAAAGAUAUGUAGUCAAAUUUUUACUUCAGCUAUAAUCGUGUAUGCUACAAAGAAAGUUUUGCUUAUAUCUUAACUUUGUAUUGAAAAAAAUAAAUACAAAUUUUUUAAAUUUAAGAAAAAAGGCAAAUCUAUUAGCUUUUAAGCGCAUAUAUUUUUAGUGUAUUUUAAAUCAAUGAUUAUAUAAAAUAUUAACAACAACAGUAAUCAUAUUUAGAAAUGAAAUCAAUGCCAGCAGCAACCACAACAAAAAAUCUUGAAUUAAACUUAAAGUGUUGUUCGUGUGUAAUUAAUAAUUUAAAGUAAUUUUAAAAGAAAAUCAGUGGUAAUGAUUAAAAAAUGUAGAAUUUGCUUAUGUACCAUAAGGUGCAUUAAUUACAAUUACGGAAGUGUAAUCAAUAUAAAUUAGCUUAAAUUGAUGUCUUUUACAAAUAUUA